UUGCUCUGCAGGAUAUUAUUGUGAGCAGCAACUUCCUGUGCACGCCUCCAGCCUUGCCAGUGGCAACUUGAGGGCAGUGGGUGAAAUUGGGGUGACUGCAAUCCUGAGGCAGAAGAAGGACACUUGGCCCCAUUGGUUGGCACCUUUCUCCCAGGAUGUGUCCCCGCUCCAGCGGCUUUCUUCCACGCUAUCACUUUACUGCCAGAAGGAGAUUGAAAGCUCUGCAUGCUGCCAGCAUGUUCUAGCCUCAUGCAGGCGACCCUCAGAGAUCCCAGAGCAGUGGACAGUAAUGUAAAGACAAUACUCAUGUCGUGUCUGAAAGGGCAACAGGUCAUCAUCAAAAUGGAGGCGAUGAAGAUCAUCCACCCGGAAAAGUUCUCAGAGCUGCAGGGCUCCCAGUCACGCUACACUCCUGCACCCCGCCGGGAGCCACCACUCAUGGCCAAGCGUGCCUGGCCAUCGGAGUCUGAGAUCAUUGUCAAUCAAGCUUGUGGAGACAUCCCUGCCUUGGACAGUAACCCUGGCUCUCUAGGGCUGCCCCGGACUCCACCUCUGCCACGACGAGAGCGAAUAUACCAAGGGCAGCGCAAGGGCAGCUCAGAGGUCUGUUUCCACCGUCAGCCACCAUCAGAUGAGGUUAUCGUCAACCAGUAUGUGCUGCACCCUUCCACGCCAUGCGAGCCCCUGGAAUGCCCCACCUGUGGCCACAUGUACAAUUUUACCAACAAGCGGCCCCGCAUCCUCUCCUGCCUCCACUCCGUGUGUGAGGAAUGCCUGCAAAUCCUCUAUGAGUCCUGUCCGAAGUACAAGUUCAUCUCCUGCCCCACCUGCAAGCGGGAGACUGUGCUCUUCACUGACUACGGGCUGGCUGCACUGGCGGUGAACACCAGUAUCCUGAACAGACUGCCUGCUGAGGCCCUCUCUGCCAACCCUGUGCAGUGGAGCAGCGAUGCUGACCGCAGCUGCUACCAGACCUUUCGCCAGUACUGUGGGGCGGCCUGUACCUGCCACAUUCGAAAUCCGCUGUCUUCCUGCACCAUCAUGUAACCUGCGUGCCCUGCCCUGCCUUCCCCCCGCACCACUCGCUGCAUCAAACGGCAGUACCGUGUGAGAGAAGAGCAUUGGCAUUGGCCUAGCACAGGGGACAACAGGACCCAGAGUUGACAGCAACAGGCCUGACCCUCGCAUCAGCUCUCCCCAUGCACCACAGGGGAUGAGAUCUUUGCUGUAGCCCAAGGUCCUGUGGUAAUGCAAGGGAUCUCCAGCUGCUGGGCUAGAGGCUGUUCAUGGCUCAGGCUUUGGCAAGAGCUGGGGGGAAUGCAGUCCCCCUUGCUGACAGGAAACCACUGGCUGUGUCUACUGGUGGAGGAGGGAGCUGAGAUGAGGAGCUCCCCUUGUGCCCUGGCUGAGCUUCAGUGAGAGGGACAUUGGGACUGGCAGCGGGUGUCUAUCAGCAAGUCCGGGCACUCCUGUGCUCCCUUUCUGUGGCUCACGCUUUCCCUGUGUCUCACCAGGCACCGUGCCCCCCUUGCACUCACUACUCUGGGCAGCAUUCUUUCUGUUUCUUUCCUGUGGCUCAUGUGAUGUGGUCUGAGUGGAGCAACUUGGCCCAGGAGGCUUCCCUGCCAGCAACACAGCUGAAUGCCACUGCAGGCACCCUGGGGAACAGUGCACCCGACGCACGGAGGUGACGGGGAGGACAGCCUGGAGCUUUCCAGUGCUGAGCUGGGCAGUGCGUGCGAACCGAGCCUGCCUCACAGGAAGCAGAAAGAGGCUGGGGGGGCGAGGGGGGAAGGGGAAAGAGGGAGGACCACUGGGCAGCCAGUUUUCUCUAAGUUAUUUGCCAAAGCUUUCAUCUCGGUGGCCAAGCUGAAAUGCCUCUAAGUAAUUGUAGCCAAUUCAAACCGUUGCCAUGGCCCCACAGUUACUAAUGGACAUGUGUCCCAUUUCCUCCGCGGGCCCUUGAGGGAAGCUCCAGUUUAUCCUCAUUUUGGAGGAUCUUUGUUUUCCCAACCCAUUCCAGGACACUCCAUCCUUGGGAUUGUUCAUGUUAAUCAAGGCGAUGAGCUGGGAUCAUCCUUCUGUGGGUUCUGCGUGUGUGUGGGAGGGUCCCCUUCCCUGGUGCCCCCCCCUGCCUCCCCCGUGGCCGCAGCUCCCACCCAGUGGAUGGAGAGUUUGGCUCUAAGUACAGAGGUUAAGGCCUUCCUUAGAGCUGGAUAUGCCAUGUUCUUUCCGUCAGCAUGGCGGUCCCCUCCAGUGAGGGAGGAGUCUGGCUAGCUUCUGAGCAGGGCUGUGGGAAUGAGCUGGGGGUAGCUAGUCCUUGCCAAGGUCACCCCCUUCCCUUGUUGUGAUACUAACUGCAGAGGUGGGGGAGAGAAGGAUUUGAUUCCAACAAAGUCCCCUUCAUGGAAGGAACAGCAUCAAGGGGGCUGAGGGAAGGAGCAGCUGGCACAGUAACAUGCCUGGUGUUCCCAUGGCGGGUGGAGGGGCAGGGGAAGCAACUGCCCUGUUCUCAGUGACUUUGUUCCUUCACAACAUUUUGGAGGAAAGUUUGCUGCCAAAAAGCAAGAAAGCAAAAAAGAAACAAAAAGCCAUAUUUUGCAGGUGCUCCCCUGAGAGAGGCUGUGACAACAGCACCCCGCUGGGUAAGGCACAGCACAGUGUCCUGAAAGACAGCAAGGCUUGGGAUUUGGGGGCUACUCAGCCCUGGGGGCAGCUUUGUCUGUGCAUGGGGCCUGACUGCUACCUUAGCUGAAAGCAGGCAUGCAUCUGGAGCCCAUGUCCACUGGGCUGGCUCUGCUGAGUGAGAUAGAGAGACACCCUCCCACUCCCAUACCAAUCAGCAGUGUUGCCCCAGCCAGCUAAUGAAGAGGAGCAACCCAUCCACCCAUUCCAGAGGUCCUCAUAGUUGGCCUUUAGUGGCAUAAGACACCAAGGGAGAGGAAGGGGAGGGCUGGAAGGUAGCCAGAUUUGUCUGUGAACCCCUGAGAAAUAAGCUGCAGGAGAUCCCCUUGCUCCCAGCCCCUCUGCAGAGAAUGAGGUGGCCCUGGGCGCCCACAGGGGAACUCAGGCCAGUACCCGGGAAGCAUGUACACACUGGGCAGGGGAGAGGGCCAGGAAGAACAGGGCCUGGUAGCAUUUUUUUUCUGCUCUGCCGAUUCCUCCUGCUGCUGGUCGUGACGGUGAUCAUGUUUUAUACCCGGCCUCGUCAAUCCCUAAUUGAUCUCCCAAAUAAAGAUUAUAUUG